CACGUCAUCUGUAGUGUCAUGAGGAACUACUAGCAGGCUAGGAUACUUCAGUGAUCUCGGUGCAUCUAGUCAUAGCUCAUAGAACAUAGUGUUGUUCUGUUUAUUGUAAAUAUCUAGAGUAACGUUAUAUCUAUAAUCACGAUGGCUGGAGUUUUAGCACGUAAAGCCGUUGAUCACCUGAAGAGCAAGGAGAUGAGAGAGUAUUUGAUGAGCACGCAUUUCUGGGGGCCAGUGGCUAACUGGGGUCUACCCAUCGCUGCUAUGGCCGACAUGAAGAAAAGUCCUGAGAUUAUCAGCGGGAGGAUGACGUUUGCUCUGACGUGCUAUUCCCUCCUCUUCAUGAGGUUUGCUUACAAAGUUCAGCCAAGGAACUGGCUACUGUUUGCCUGUCACUUAACCAACGAGACAUGUCAACUGAUACAAGGAGGACGGCUUAUCAAGUACAACAUGGAAAAGAAGUUGGCCAAAUAAUGAACUGAAGAGGAACUCGCAUUGCACAGAGGGUUCACGGCAGUGGGCUUUGACUCAGUUUUAUUCUGAUCAUGUAGUAGCAGUUAUUUAAUGAUGAACUAAUCCUCCUAGACAUCGGCUGUGUGGUCAGCUGUGGUGAGGAUCACUGCUAGAAGGUCACAUCUGUUCCAUAGUUAGCAGCUGUCUAGGGGAAGCCCUAACUCCUUGAAUCAAUUUUGGGUUAAUUGAUUUGUUUUUUGUCCCAAGUAUUACGCACAAAUUAUGAAAUGUGUGGAAUGUACAUAUGCUUCGUGUAACAACUUUUAAACAACUGUUACAAACACAUUACUGUUUUUAAAAAGGGUCUCCCAUCAUAAUAAAUACACACAGUACAUUCUUGUAAAAAUCUUAUUUUAAUUUGGAGUAAUUAUUCUAAAUGAUAAUGUGGCAGUCUAUGAACAGACACAAUAAACACUGUAUCAAAAAGGAAA